UUUUUUUAAUAUGCGCCGAUAAUAUAAGAGAGAUCUAAACGGAGGUAUUUCCGACCGGAUCGGAUCGCCGUUGGGGUUUUUUUUUUUUUAGAGGCGGGGAGCCCGCAGUGUGCGCGCCGUGCAACACCCCGGAGAGGCGGAGAUGGUUCGGUCUGUAGUAGGUGGGGACAGCCGAGCCGAGCCGAGCCGAGCGGUCUGCAGCAGGACGUCGUAGAUCAAUGAACCGGACCGGAGGGCUGGUCCGACGCCUGGCGAAGAAUCUGACUGUAUUAUAGAUGUGUCAGUACACCUAUCCAGAACCGAGGCUUUAUUCGCUGUUAACCUGCCGGUUCAGUAUGCGGAGAUUAUAAAAGGCUGUUUUACAAGCCUCUCUCUCUCUCUCUUCUUUCUCUCUCUCUUUCUUUCUCUCUCUCCCCUCCAUCCUUUCAUCGUCGCUUGGUUUCUCCUGCCUUAGCGCUCUGUUUUAUAUUUUAUUUUCAUUUCAUUUCUGUUAUUUAUUUUUAUUUUUAUUUUUUAUUUUUUUGAGGGGAGGGAUCCAACACACAUCUAUAAGCUCCGGGAUGAUUUUUGCAAACACGGGCAACCCACUGAAGACGACCAAUCGAAAGCAGUCUUACCCCAUGACUCCGUCCAGUCCCAGCAGCAGCAGCAACAGCAGCAGCACAGGCCUGGAGCAGCUCAGCAAAACCAACCUGUACAUCCGAGGCCUGCCUCCCGCCACCACGGACCUGGAUCUGGUCAAACUCUGUCACCAGUAUGGAAAGAUUCAGUCGGCCAAGGCGAUCCUCGACAAGACGACCAACAAAUGCAAAGGUUACGGCUUUGUGGACUUUGACAGCCCAGCUGCUGCUCUAAAGGCAGUACAUGCUCUGAAAACCAGCGGCAUUCAGGCCCAGAUGGCCAAGCAGCAGGAGCAGGACCCCACAAACCUUUACAUUUCCAACCUGCCUCUGUCGGUGGAUGAGAGAGAGCUGGAGAAGAUGCUGCAGCCCUUCGGUCAGGUUGUCUCCACUCGAAUCCUCCGGGACUACAGCGGUAACAGCAGAGGCGUGGGCUUUGCCAGGAUGGAUACGACAGAGCAGUGCAACGCAGUCAUCUCCCACUUUAAUGGCAAGUUCAUCAAAUUAGCCUCUGGAUCUCUGGGACCGUCUCAGCCUUUGCUAUGUAAGUUUGCUGACAGUCAAAGAAAGAAACAUGCUCACAGUGGAUAUGUUCCCAACGGACAGUCAGGCGACCUCAGACUAGGCGCCAUGACGCUGACCUAUGACCCCUCCACAGCAGCCAUACAGAACGGAUAUUAUCCCUCUCCGUAUCCAGUGGCCAAUAGAAUAAUGACUGUGCAGCCUGCAAUGUCUCCAUACAUGUCUCCCGUCUCUGCUUAUCAGGUUCAGAGUCAUUCUUGGGUGGCGCAUCAACCAUACAUCAUGCAACACCCGGCUGCUGUGAUGUCUCCCUCUGUGGAUCCCUCCAUGUCAAUGCAUCCCACAGCAAUGAUUACUCAGCAGAUGGGCCAGCUGUCGUUGGGAAACACAGGAGCGUACAUCGCUGCCAACCCCGGGGUCCAGGGAGCCUACAUGCCACAGUACCCCCCACUGCAGACAGCAGCUGAAAACGGCACGCUGCAGCAAGUGGAUUCUUCCAACAACUCGUCUCCUUACAGUCAACUCAGCAAGUAAUGCACAGGCCACAUUGCAGCUCUGUGAGCCGGAGGGCAGUUGGGAAGUUGCUGAGGAUAUCGCAGGGAUAAAAGCGACCGUCUGCCCCGAUUGGACCAGAUACACAAACAUUUUUUUUGCACAGCCCCGACAUUUUUAGUGGGAAUUGAACACAACUUAAAUGGACUCAAACAGUCGGCUAAUCACGGGGAAAUUAAGUAAGAUUGAAAAAAGAAAAAAAGUAGAUAUAUUUUGAUAAGAAACAACAUCCUUCUCUUACUCUCCUUUUCAAAGACACCCUCCCACCCACCUGUCCCCCCUAAAACACCCCUUCCCACCCAAUCCAAGUAUGAUGUGACAUUUGCAAUGCAUGGGACUGAGAUCUUUCUCCCCUCCCUUUUUCUGAGUUCUCCACGUUUUUACAAGCUUGUUUCAUUCGUGGUGUACGACCGACAUUAGCGGGCCUUGUUUGCACUGAAGCUUUUAGAAUCACUUCGUUUAGGUUUUCAGAGCUGCAGGAGAGUGGACAGCUGACGACACACGUGCCCCAGCUGCACUUGAAAGCUAACACAGACAACCAUUUCAUUAGGAAAUUAAUGAAUUUAUUAUUGGAAACGGUGCCUUCCUCACGUAACAUUGAACAUCGUCCAACAUUCUUUCAUCCAACUUGAUCAGGUGUCAUUCUUCUAUUCCAAUUGAUCAAUUGUGUGUGUGAAAUCAUGGAGCUUUCCAUGAAGCUAUCUAAGUCGUUUGGUAGCAAUAAAGACAAUGAGAGUUCCACGGCAAUACUAAGAACAAAGGUGACCAACUGAGAGCACGGUGAUUCCUUAUUUUUCCUAUUUCCUUUUUCUUUUUUUUAAAUGGUCUAAACAUGAAGCAGGAGCCGUACCUUUAUGACUUUACAAGUUCGACACCCAAUGGGCAUCUACUUUGGAGGCUUUGUUUUACUCUUGUGGUCGGUCUGACCGGUUAUCUACCUCACGGUUUUGCUGGAAUCAGCUGGUGCUGUCGGGUUUGCAGGUAAAGCCCCUUCUCGCCAGACUGAACGCUGCGAACCAGAAGCCACGCUCAGGAGCUGGCUAAACAGGACUUCUGCCGUUUGUCUCCCAUGUGCAGCAUUCCUCCUCAUAAUCAUUGAAAUGGGAAAGAAAAAGAAAUGCUUUUGAAAUUUUUAUCUCAAUUUGUCUUUGCUUUUCUUCUGGUGUUUCUUUUUUCCACAACGUGACAAGCAAUGCUCCAUUUUAGACACUCAAAAGUUCCUCUGUAACAGCAGUUUGUAUUUAAGCCAGAUUUUUCAUACCUCUCCUGGUUUCUGCAAGGAUUAAAAACUUUGCACAUCCCAAACUCUUUGGAUGAGCUUAAAAUGACUUCAAAAUUAAAGAAUUGUGUGGGAAGUACAUUAAAAAAGACAAAAUAUUUGUAGAAUUUCAUGGCAUUUGAAAUUACAUCAAAAAGCUGUAUUUCCUAAGAUCUGCAAACUGCAAUGGCCAAAAGUGAAAAGCAGAGUUUUACUUUUGUUUUGUUUUUUCCCUUCACUUUAUUUCUGAAUGACCAUCUGGAAAGAAGGAAAAAGGUCAAACAUGUACAGUCGUGGUGCUUCUUCCUGAUCGCUUCUGCUAAAACAGUGAGUGCUGAACACAGACAAAACACAGCCAGGGUUUUUACUGAGAGUACUUUCCUUUCCUGAAGAUUUGUUGCUGAGAAAAAUAAAAUAAAAUGGAACAACAACAAAAAAAAAAAAAAAAAAAAUCAUGUUUUCCUCAUCGCUUCCCUCCUGUCACCUUCUACUGAUUCUCAAACAAUCCUCUCUUUGCUCUCUCUCCUUUGGAAACAUUGAAAUAAAAACAAUAAAAUAAUCUCUUUCUCA